CCGGCCACCACUCGCGACCGCAGCAUCCCCGCGCCCGGGGCGAGAGGAGGCGACGCCCCGCCCCGCGCGGCCACGUGACGAGGGCGAGGGGAUUGGAGCUGCGGCAGCGCGCGGCGACAGAGAGGAGCAGCGCUGGGCGCUCGCGGCGGGUCCUCCUCCUCCUCCUUGCCUCCUCCUCCUCCUCCGCCGCCGCCGCCCUCCGGCUUCGUGUCGCCGCUGCUCUCCGCUGCUCGCCGCCGCCUGCAUCCCCAGCCGCAGCCCCGGGAGGAGGAGGAGACGCCGCUGCCAGCAGGGUCCCCGCCGCAGCCGCCCACCGUCCUUCGGGGCCUCUCUUCUCGCCGCGGCUCGCACCUCUCCGCGCCACCAUGGGGCUGCUGGACUCAGAGCCCGGCAGCGUCCUGAACGCGAUGUCCACCGCGCUCAACGACACCGUGGAGUUCUACCGCUGGACGUGGUCCAUCGCAGAUAAACGUGUAGAAAACUGGCCGCUGAUGCAGUCUCCAUGGCCAACGCUAAGCAUAAGCACACUGUAUCUCCUGUUCGUGUGGCUGGGUCCGAAGUGGAUGAAAGACCGGGAGCCGUUUCAGAUGCGCUUGGUGCUCAUCAUCUACAAUUUUGGCAUGGUUUUGCUUAACCUUUUCAUCUUCAGAGAGCUGUUCAUGGGGUCCUAUAAUGCAGGAUACAGCUAUAUCUGCCAGACAGUGGAUUAUUCUAAUAAUGUUAAUGAAGUCAGGAUAGCUGCUGCCUUGUGGUGGUACUUUGUAUCAAAAGGAGUUGAGUAUUUGGAUACAGUGUUUUUUAUCCUGAGGAAGAAAAACAACCAGGUUUCUUUCCUUCACGUGUACCAUCACUGUACCAUGUUCACACUGUGGUGGAUUGGAAUCAAGUGGGUGGCAGGGGGCCAAGCAUUUUUUGGGGCCCAGAUGAAUUCUUUCAUCCAUGUGAUCAUGUACUCCUACUAUGGGCUAACUGCAUUUGGCCCCUGGAUCCAGAAAUAUCUUUGGUGGAAGCGGUACCUGACCAUGCUGCAGCUGGUUCAGUUCCACGUGACCAUUGGGCACACAGCACUGUCUCUCUACACUGACUGCCCCUUCCCCAAGUGGAUGCACUGGGCCCUGAUCGCCUACGCAAUCAGCUUCAUCUUCCUCUUCCUCAACUUCUACACGCGGACAUACAAUGAGCCCAAGCAGUCAAAAACUGGAAAGACAGCCAUGAAUGGAGUUUCAGCAAACGGCGUGAUCAAGUCAGAAAAGCAGCUAGUGUUAGAAAAUGGGAAAACCCAGAAAAACGGAAAGCCAAAAGGAGAGUAGAUUGCCCUGGGCCUUAACUGGCUGACAGUGAGGAGACUCCUGUGUCAUAGAGAAUUUCAGGGGCAACAGAAGCAGAGGGGCUGGGGUGGGAGAGAGGGGAGAGGCAGAUGUGGUCUAUGCACCUUCAGACUGAGCAAACCUUUCCAAACGGUACCCAGAUGUUUUAUUUAUGAAGUUUUUAUUUUGAACCUUUUUUUUUUUAAAUUAGCCUUGAUGUUGUCCAGACCAAAGCAAUCCCAACAUGACCUUGGAGCCCCUCCUCCUGUUCGGUGGGUGAAAAUGUCACCCAUCCUAUAUUCACCCUUUCUUCAGUCUGAAUUUUAGAUGAUCACAGAAACACAGUUUUAUGAAUUUUUUUUUUUACUAAAUCACUAGUUCCCCACUGGUUGCAAAUCUGACAUUUUCUUGUCCAGAGAUAGAACUGUGGAUACAUUUGAAUUUGGAUUCAUUUAUUGACCCCUGUGGUCAAAUCUCUCCACCUCUAGUCGGAAUAUUCCCUUUUGGCUGUAAUUAAAUCUGAAAACUCUGCUAAUCUCUGUAGAAUCUUAGAGGCUUGAUGAUGAUGAUGGUGUUGGUGAAAAUAAGAAAGAAUAACAGUAAAAUCCUGUCUUGUGACCCAAAGGCCACCAUGACUUACGGCACAAAUCACUGUGGGAAACAAUUUUAUUUUUAUUUUUAUUUUUGUGAUGAGGAAGGUAGCCUUUGAAUACUCCUAUUAUUAGCAGAUAUGUAUUAUGAGGAUUAAGAUUAUUGAAUGAUUGAAACAUGAGACAACUCAUGGCUUUGUUAGUAACAUCUAAGGUAGUCACAUGUACAUGCAGUUAGAACUCUAAGGGUAUGUUGAUUUUAUCAGGCUUUCCUUGUUUAGAUUUGUAGCUGUUGCUGAUUUUUCAUAUGUGGACAUACACCUACCUCUUCUGUUGGAAAGAACAUUUAAAUUAAAUAAAAUGAAAGAAAUUUUACUUAAAAAAAUCAAGGAGU